CGGCGGAUAAUUUUAGCAAGAGCGGGUUCAGAUUGUCUAGCCCAGCUGAUUUGUAGGGAUCCGAUUUUGGAACUCUUUCAGAACAUCAGCUGUCUGGAUUUGGGUGAAGGAGAAGGGCCAGUUGCUGCGGGGGGUGCACAGCCAGGUGGAAAGCGAUAGAGAAAUGCUUUUUGAAAUUAUCGUGGAUUUAUCGGUGGUGACAGUGUUUCCUAGUCUCAGUGCAGUGGGCAGCUGGGAGGAGGUGCUCUUAUUCUCCAUGGACUUUACAGUGUCCCAGAACCUUUUUGGAAUUAGUGCUGCAGGAUGCAAAUUUCUGUUAGGAAUAAAAGGCUAGCUUUUUCAAACUUGCCUGUGUAUAUUGGUUCCUGACUUCCCUGAAAAGUUCCAUAUCGCGGGAACUAUUCGAUGCUAGUACUGUAUGCCACAGGAUUUGUGCUUGUCAAUGGCAGUCAAGUCUGGAGUGAACCAAGGGCUAUAUCUGUUCUUAGUUCUACAUUUUUUGAAUGGGGCAUGCUUAUUUAAGAUGGUGAGGAAAGCACAUGUUUUUUAAAUAACCAGGCAUCCUCUAAUGAGGAAGUGAGGUCAAUAUCCUUCCAGGAUACCCGGGCCAGGUCGUUUAGAAAGGCCUGCUCGCAGAAGUGUUUUAGGGACCGUUUGACAGUGAUGAGGGGUGGUCGUUUGACCGCGGACCCAUAACGGACGCCGGCAAUGAGGCAGUGAUCGCUGAGAUCCUGGUUGAAAACAGCAGAGGUGUAUUUGGAGGGCAAGUAGGUCAGGGUGAUAUCUAUGAGGGUGCCCAUGUUUACGGAUUUGGGGUUGUACCUAGUAGGUUCCUUGAUAAUUUGUGUGAGAUUGAGGGCAUCUAGCUUUGAUUAUAGGAUGGCCGGGGUGUUAAUCAUAUCCCAAUUUAGGUCACCUAGCAGCAUGAACUCUUGACGAUAGAUGGGGGGCAGUCAAUUCACAUAUGGUGUCCAGGGCACCGCUGGGAGCUUAGGGGGUCUAUAACAAGUGGCAACAAUGAGGGACUUAUUUCUGGAGAGAUGGAUUUUUAGAAUUAGAAGCUCAAACUGUUUGGACAUAAACCUGGAUAGUAUUACAGAACUCAGCAGGCUAUCUCUACAGAAGAUUGCAGUUCUAUCUUGAUGGAAAAUGUUGUAAUUGGGGAUAGAAAUUUCAGAAAUUUUGGUGGCCUUCUUUAACCAGGAUUCAUACACGGCGUGGACAUCAGGGUUGGCAGAGUGUGCUAAAGCAGUGAAUAAAGCAAAUUUAGGGAGGAGGCUUCUGAUGUUAAAUCUGCAGUAGAAGAAGUCCUAAAAAGCCCUCCAGCCUUCAGAUGUGAGCUAAACAGUGCACUUGAUAUGCAUUUUUAAGCUAUGAAUGAGAAAGUGAAGUUUUAAUUUCCAAACUUUUAGCUCAAUUUUAUGCUGCUUUGCGAUCUAUUAACAGCAAGGGCUCAAUAAAUAAAUAAAAAUUAUGAUACAUUUGCCUAUGUUCAAUUCAAUCGCACAUAUCAUAUAAACAAAAUCAUUCACUGUGGCCCUUCAUAUUGUUGUAAGUGGAGAUCCCACCUACAUAGUUAUUGUAUGAAUGAUGGCUUACUAGCCAAUCACAUGAGAGUUAUUCGGUUAUAUUUGUUGGGCUCUGUUUUAAGUGUCGGAUUUUGACUUGACAUACUGCCCCAGAACAGAGUCAAGCUAGUUCUGGACAACUAACGGUAAUCGGAAACGACUAUAAACUCAGAGACAUUAUUGUUCUGUCUAGCUACAAGUUUAUUGACUGUUUAUAUAAGUAAACAGACAUUAGACUCCCCUCAAUUGGUGUAGCUAACUAGCUAGCGCGAAACCAACGUCCCUAUCUCUCUAUGGCUGAUGAUAAUCACAUUGGCAUGACAAAACUGUAAAAACAACUGAAGCCAGAUGUCACACCCUGAUCUGUUUCACCUGUCUUUGUGAUUGUCUCCACCCCCUCCAGGUGUCGCCCAUUUUGCCCAUUAUCACCUGUGUAUUUAUACCUGGACUCUCUGUUCGUCUGUUGCCAGUUCGUCUUGUUUGUUCAAGUCAACCUGCAUUUUGUGUCUCAGCCCCUGUUUUUACCAGUCUCUCUUUUCUCACCCUCCUGGUUUUGACCCUUGCCUGUCCUGACUCCGAGCCCGCAUGCCUGACCACUCUGCCUGCCCCUGAGCCUGCCUGCCAACCUGUACCUGUGCCCCCCUCUGGAUUACUGACCUCUGCCUUACCCUGACUCUGAGCCUGCCUUCUACCCGCUAAGCGAGGUCCAGCAGCAGCUAAGCGACAAAUCAGAGAAGAGAUGUGACCAACUGGAGAAGAGAAUCGACAGGAAGAUAGACGUCAUCCUAAGCUCAUAUGAGGAGAGAGGGAUGGAUAGAGGAGGGACAGGUCAGGGGAAAACUCCCACUAUGCAUGCGCCAUGAACAAGAUGAAGAACUUUAAGCGACGUUUCUCUCUGUCUGUCCCUCGCACUGAGACCAUUGAGGAAAACGAGUUCACUGAGCAAAUCAAUCAGCUCAACAUCCAACACACUCAGGCACUGACUCCAGACAGCCUGACUCUGCCGUCUUUGCACCCUGAGGCCAGUCCCAGUCCAGUGAGCCCUGAGCCAGCCAUACCCGGAGCACAGUCCCCCUCCCAGCUCCAGUACCGCAGCAAAGCACCACACCGACGCUUCUCUAUGGAAGACGUGAGUAAGCGUAUGUCUCUGCCCAUGGACAUCCGCCUUCCUCCGGAGUUCCUCAAGAAGCUGCAGAUGGAGAGAGAGAUGGAGAGUGAGAACAACUCUCCUCCCUGCAAACCCCUCAGCCGCAUGUCUCGACGGGCUUCACUGUCUGACAUUGGCUUUGGAAAGCUGGAGACGUACGUGAAACUGGGCAAACUGGGAGAGGGGACGUAUGCCACCGUUUUUAAGGGUCGGAGCAAACUGACAGAGAACCUGGUGGCGCUGAAAGAGAUUAGGCUAGAGCACGAGGAGGGAGCGCCCUGUACAGCUAUCAGAGAAGUGUCUCUACUGAAGAACCUAAAACACGCCAACAUUGUCACACUGCAUGACAUCAUACACACAGAACGCUCCCUCACUCUUGUCUUUGAGUACCUGGACAGUGAUCUGAAACAGUACCUGGACAACUGUGGAAACCUGAUGAGCAUGAACAACGUCAAGAUCUUUAUGUUCCAGUUGUUACGUGGUCUGUCCUACUGCCAUAAGAGGAAGAUCCUUCACAGAGACCUCAAACCUCAGAACCUGCUCAUCAACGACAAGGGAGAGCUCAAACUAGCUGACUUUGGUCUGGCACGGGCCAAGUCUGUCCCCACUAAGACCUACUCCAACGAGGUGGUGACUCUAUGGUACCGCCCCCCUGAAGUACUUCUGGGUACCACAGAGUACUCUACACCCAUCGACAUGUGGGGCGUGGGCUGUAUUCUAUUUGAGAUGGCGACAGGUCGUCCUAUGUUCCCCGGCUCCUCAGUGAAAGAGGAGCUGCACUUAGUCUUCAGAAUCAUUGGUACCCCAAAAGAAGACAGCUGGCCAGGUAUCUCCAAUAAUGAUGAGUUCAGAUCCUACAUGUUCCCUGAGUACAGACCUCAGCCACUCAUCAACCACGUGCCUAGGCUGGAUACUGAGGGGAUUGACAUGCUAACUUCUUUACUCCUGUAUGACACUAGGACCAGAGUCUCAGCUGAAGCAUCUCUUAGACACCCCUACUUCCUCACCCUGGGAGAUAACAUCCACAGCCUUGCAGACACCUCCUCUGUGUUUUCUCUCAGAGAAAUUAAACUGCAGAAAGACCCAGGCCACCGCAGCUCAGUGUUCCAGCCUCCAGGUCGGGGGAAGAACAGAAGGCAGAGCAUAUUCUAAAGGACGACCAGCCGAUGGAGUGCAGACAGGGCGAGAGAAACCCUCAAGGAGGAAUCGGCUUUGAAGACAAACACACUCCAAUCCCUUAUACAAACAGAAAUGCAAACAAACAUCCAGGUCACAUCAGUCUAACCUAAAAGGUAUUUCCUGGUUAAAUAAAGGUUCAAGUUAAAUUUACACACACAUCUAAUCCUCUCCCUCCCCACAACAGAGGAUGGAUACAGACAGGGUUUCUGAGAAUAAACUAGCACUACACCUCAAACGUCUUGGAGCCGAGUUCCCUCUAUAUGAGCAUUCUACUGUCAUGAUUCUGGGACUGACCAGGAAGUAUCUCCCAUUCUCCUACCCAGUCCCCUUCCUACUCAGCCCCCUGCAGACACCCAAGCUAACCAAUCACUCUGCAUGUUUCAAUGAUCUCCACUUCUCCCUUUCUCCUCUCCUUCUGUUCAUGUCCCCUUGUAAUAAAAUAACAGAGUUAGCACCUUGCAACACAACCACCAUCUGAGACCAAAACUCUAAAUCCAAACUAAAUCUGAAUGGUUGGGCAAACCUGCCUCUACAUAACCACCCCUUGAUUUCACCUAGUGGGGAUUUCAUUCAAAUCAGUAUUACAGUUUUUGAAAUGGCCUCAGUAAAAUGUGCUUGAGAUUUCUUUCUUCAAAAUAUGAUAUAAAGAAACCUAUGGGCAUUUGCUUUGCAUUAGUGAAUAACACACGUUUAGUGUUCGUAUCACUGAGUCUCCUAUUUGCACAAGCCUGAAAUCACCUCUGAAGAGUGUUCCUGGCCUGGCUCUAGAUUAAGAUGAAGAAGGAUUAGACAAAGACCAUUACAUAAUGAACCCAGAAUUGCAACUGGAAACUGACUAUUCCAAUUGGUUUGUUCACUUCCAUUCACUGGAGCACAAAUUCUGAUCUCCCCACUUCUCUCUGAAGUGUACAGUUGUUUCCUCCCUCUAUGAAAUGGGCUUGGGAAUUCCAAUUGGCUCCCAGAGCAGAUAUAGGAUACUUCCUAAAUAAUCUGGACAUCACUGUCUAAUCUGUCUCCAUUUUAUGCUUGGACCGAGCCUCUCUUCUAACAUAGUCUCCCCUUACCUCUCGCCUAACCUCCUCUCACCUACCUCUCUCCUAACCUAGGGUGCAUCUAGUCUUGAGGGGGUUCCUCUUCUCUCAUUCAUCUAAACUGUUAUAAAAAAGACAGGGUCACUGAAAAGCAAUUUGGGGUAAGCCUACUAGGAUUCAAUCUGUUUACACCUCUGUGUGUCCAGCACAUUUAUAUCUGAUGAAAGAAAGGGAACAAGGAGAGGGAGCCACUAUAGACUACUCAGAUGCAGUUCUCCCUACCCCACACUGGAGACAACGCCAAUAAUCUUCUAGAGAUAACUUUCCUUGUCUCCUUUACUUCCUCACCACCUAACUGAAAAAACGGACAGGCAAAAGCAAUAUGGUGGACACUUCUCCAGUCUUAUCAGUGGCCAUGAAGGAAAUAAGGUAGGGAUGGGAAGCCAAAAGCAUUGGGACCCACUGGGAGAGAUGGCGAUCUGUGUAUUACACUUUAAAACUUCCCCUGUUUAUUUUAGCAACCUCUGGGGCAGAAGUAUUAGCCUACUGUAUAUGUUUUGCUGUGGUAAAUAAAGAUAUUUUAAAUACUGUACUGUAAUGAAAAUAAAUCAUAUAUAUGUACCUUAAAGGCCCAGUGCAGUCAAAUGUGAUAUUCCUGUGUUUUAUGUAUAUUUCCACACUGAGGUUUGAGUAAUACUGUGAAAAUGAUGAUAAUGCCCUUUUAGUGUAAGAACUUUAAAAAUAGCACCUGUUUACUGCCAGGCGGUACAUUAGUUAAUAGUCAAAUAAGAGAGUUCCAAACCUCUCUGGCAAUAGCAGCUAGUUUUCAGUUUUCCCCUCAAUCAGACCACUCCCAUAUAGUCUUAGCUUCUUAGCAAAGAGCAAUUUCUAAUUUUGCUAUCUGGUUAUUUAGAUAUUAAUUUAUUUUUGACAAUUUGAAUAGACAGCAAUCACAGUAAGGUACUUAAUUGUAACCCAGAAAUGACUUGAUGUCUGAUAAAAACAUCUGCAUUGGACCUUUAAGAGAUGUUUUUCUUCUUUCUCAGUGAAUUUUAUGCCAGAUGAUACAAGUGAUGACUGUAUUAAAUGACUAGAUGAUGUCUAAAUGUUUUAUAAAAUAUAAAGUAUAUUUAGAUUUUGUAUAAAAUGUGAUAUUCAAUAUUUUGUGUGAUUUAUCUACAAUACUAUUAUUAAAACAAGAGAAACUGAAUGUAUUGUGACUGCCAAGAAGCCAAAAGUGAUCAAAUAAUAAAUAACUGAUAAAUUAAUAAAUUAUAUCAUUCUGUA